CCAACGCGUCCACCCAUGGUUCUCCAGCAAGUCUCACCUUUCUAUUGUUUCAUUUACCAACUUUCCUCUACCCAAGUCCUCUUCUUUUUUUUUGACGAGCCAUAAUGUCUCUCCGUACCGAUCGCGUUCGCAUCACCGGCAGCUUCAAGCGCAAGGAGGGUGUCUCCAAGGAAGAUUUCGAUAACUUCUGGCUCAACGAACACCCGAAGCUUUUCAACUCUCUUGACGUCGUCAAGAAGAACAUCCUCAAGUAUGAGCAGGCUCACGCCAAUGAGGUUGUUUCCAAGACUCUCGUCGAUUCCGGUCUCAAUGUCGCGCCAUUCGACGCGAUGGCUGUCUUCGAGGCCUCCACUUUCGAGGCCCUUAUGGAGGUCUUCAAGAGCGACGAGUACCGCAAGACUGUCGGUGCCGAGUCUAUCAAGUACUUCGAGCGUGGCGGUCAGAUGUUUGCUGCUAACUUCGCAACUAUCACAGACAACUAAGGUAAGUGAAUCCCAAGUUCGCGCAUGCGCUUUCUGGCUAAACGAGCGCAGUCAGUCACGGCACUUUCAAUUAAAGCUCCUUGUAGUAAAUUAACCAUUAAAUAUGACGCACGAUAAAUGUCACUGUUGGCU